CGCUCUCAGGCUGAUUGGGUCCACACUUCAAAGAGAGCCCGUUUUGAAAAGAGGACCAGGAAGGAUGCAACAAGUGUGAGGCUCACCGGGAUGGGACAUCUUUUAGGAUUUGGGUGGUGAAAACAAAGAAAAUACAGGCCGUGUAACAAUGAGCUGGAGUUUCCUGACUCGGCUGCUGGAGGAAAUCCACAACCACUCCACGUUUGUGGGCAAGAUCUGGCUCACCGUCCUCAUCGUCUUCCGCAUUGUGCUGACGGCCGUCGGAGGCGAGUCAAUCUACUACGACGAGCAGAGCAAGUUUGUGUGCAACACGGCCCAGCCAGGCUGCGAGAACAUAUGCUACGACUCCUUCGCGCCGCUCUCGCACGUGCGCUUCUGGGUCUUCCAGAUCAUCCUGGUGGCCACGCCCUCGCUCUUGUACCUGGGCUACGCCGUCAACAAGAUCGCUCAGGCCGAGGAGCAGGCGGACUGUGACGUAGCGAACGGUUUGUCCAGCAGGAAAGCCAAAAAGCACUGCCUUGCUGACAGGAAGCGGCAUAGUCGGAACAAAGUGCCGCAGGAUGACGAAGAAGAAGAAGACCCCAUGAUCUAUGAGGUGGCGGAGCUGGAGAGCGACGGCGGCGAUGCUGCAAAAGCAAAAACAAAGGCACGCCAUGAUGGGCGCCGGCACAUCAAAAAGGAUGGUCUGAUGCGUAUUUACAUCUUUCAGCUUAUAGCGCGCUCCGUCCUGGAGGUGGCCUUCCUGGGUGUACAGUACAAGCUUUACGGCUUUGCAGUGCCAACCACCUACAUAUGUUCAGUCCUCCCAUGCCCCCACAAUGUGGACUGCUUCAUAUCACGGCCCACCGAGAAGACCAUCUUCCUCCUCAUUAUGUACACCGUCUCCUUGCUUUGUCUGGUUCUCAAUAUAUGGGAGAUGCUUCAUCUGGGCAUCGCUACCAUCUGGGAGAUUCUGCGCUCCCGUCACAGGAACAUGUGCGACGAGGAGGUCUUUGGAUUGUCAAGAGGACUGGGCCUGCUCAACACAGACGAAUACAACAGCUACCCUUCCUCCUGGAACGCACCGUCAGCCCCGCCGGGCUACAACAUCGCUAUCAAGCCCCCCGUGGUGUACACGCGGCCUCACGACCAGCCACUCCCUACCACCCACCUCGGUAAAAAAGAGACACCGUGCCAGCAGAACGCCGCCAACGUGGCCCAAGAGAAGCGGCAGCGGUACGUCAACGGUGAAGACGAGCCGGCCGAUGCCCCCGAAGGUACCCACGGGAAGGACACCCGGCCGCAGCCCCGGCAGGAAACUGACAGUCAAGCCGACACGCUGCAGCAGACCAACAGUAACAACCAGCGUAAAUCCCCGCGUGAACACUGGCAGGCCUCCAAACAUGCAUCCUCCAAGGCAAACAGAGGCGGCAGCAGCAGCAGCAGCACCAACGGAAGCUUCAAAUACGGCGAAAUAAAAGGCUCCGAAUGGAUUUGACUCACAUUUAAUGCAAAAAGAAAAUUGAUUUUCAUACUUGUAGUUCUAGUAAGAGUUUUCCAUGCCGAAGUGCCUUGUUUGGUAAAUGUGCGACGUAGUAUUGAGCAGUCAGGUGCAAGCCUGGCUCAGGGAGGAGGACGCCGCUGCCAUACAGAGUCCCCAGGGAUUGUACCAACUAGUCCUUUCAACACAUUCUGCAAUACUCCCAACACCUUAUGCAAUAAGAAGCUACAUCAUAGCAACAACUUUCAAUUAUUUAGCUGUGUGUGUGUGUGUGUGUGUGUGUGUGUGUGUGUGUGUGUGUGUGUGUGUGUGUGUGUGUGUGUGUGUGUGUGUGUGUGUGUGUGUGUGUGUGUGUUCUUGUAUUUCUACCCUUCUUGAGACAUCAACAAGGAAAAGUACCGUCCAUAUGAGGACCGGUGAACAAGUUAGUACCGAAAUCAUGGUCCCCAUACGGAAAACCAUUGCAUCUAAUAGAGAAUGUCUCAUUUGCACCCCUGCUGGUGAAAUCUAUCAAAAUUAGGGUGGUCCCAAAAAGGAGGGAUUUUUCAAACUGACUGUAUGUCGGUUUUAAAAGUGCCCCCCCGCCCCACCCUCUGGUCAACAUAUAAAAUAACAAGUGUGUGUAAAAAUUUGAAGUGCUCCCCCUCUGGCCAACAUAUGUAAUAACAAGUGUGUGUAAGAAAUUAAAAUGCACCCCCUUUGGCCAAAAUAUAUAAAAAAAUAAAUAUGUAUAUAGAGACAUACUGUAAUAACUUGAAGUAAAUAAUGAAGUUUAAAAAAAAAAAGUACAAACAAAAAAAUUAAAUAAUUAACUAAAAGCUUACCUUUUUUUAUAUUUGCAAAGUAUGUAUAUAUUAUUAAUGUUGUAAAAACAAUUAUUUAUAUAUCUACAAAGGGUGGUCCUAAAGAGGUAGGCAUUUUUCGGAGGUCCCAAGAAGGUAAGAAAUAUAAGAAUGUGUGUAAGAAUAGAAGUAUAUUACACCUGUUCUAUUGCCCAACCAUAUUUAAUUGGUGGUAAAAAACAAAUGUUUUAAACGUGUACUGUACAAUGUAAAUUGUCAUUUUUUUCUCAUAAUGUUGACUUGUUAGCAGUCAGGCAGUGGAAAAGCAGGAUGUUUCCCUUAAACUACCAAAUACAAAUGUGUCUUUAUAAUGUUUAAUCUGUAAAAAAGCACUUUAUUUCUAUUAACUGUUGAGACGCUUAAGAAAUUUAAAAAUAAAU